GGCCCGGCCCGGGCCGGCCUCGCUCGCCGCGCCUCGCCAUGUCGCUGCACGGGAAGCGGAAGGAGAUCUACAAAUACGAGGCGCCCUGGACCGUGUACGCCAUGAACUGGAGCGUCCGGCCUGACAAGCGCUUCCGCCUGGCGCUGGGCAGUUUCGUGGAGGAGUACAACAACAAGGUCCAGCUUGUUGGUUUGGAUGAGGAAAGCUCAGAGUUUAUUUGUAGGAACACCUUUGACCACCCAUAUCCUACCACCAAGCUCAUGUGGAUCCCAGAUACCAAGGGAGUAUAUCCAGACCUGCUAGCAACCAGUGGCGACUACCUACGUGUAUGGCGAGUGGGUGAAACAGAAACCCGGCUGGAGUGUUUGCUGAAUAAUAACAAGAACUCUGAUUUCUGUGCCCCACUUACGUCUUUUGAUUGGAAUGAGGUGGACCCGUACCUACUAGGUACCUCUAGUAUCGACACCACCUGUACUAUCUGGGGUCUGGAAACAGGGCAGGUUUUGGGAAGAGUAAAUCUAGUGUCUGGCCAUGUCAAGACCCAACUUAUUGCACAUGACAAAGAGGUGUAUGACAUUGCAUUUAGCCGUGCAGGUGGGGGGAGAGAUAUGUUUGCUUCAGUUGGUGCUGAUGGUUCUGUGCGAAUGUUUGACCUCCGUCAUCUGGAACAUAGCACCAUUAUCUAUGAGGACCCGCAGCACCAUCCUUUGUUACGUCUUUGCUGGAACAAGCAGGAUCCUAAUUACCUUGCUACAAUGGCCAUGGAUGGCAUGGAGGUGGUGAUUCUUGAUGUCAGAGUUCCCUGCACUCCUGUUGCCAGGCUAAACAACCACAGAGCAUGUGUGAAUGGAAUUGCUUGGGCACCUCACUCUUCCUGCCAUAUCUGUACGGCAGCUGAUGACCAUCAGGCUCUCAUCUGGGAUAUUCAGCAAAUGCCUCGGGCCAUUGAGGAUCCUAUCCUGGCCUAUACAGCAGAAGGAGAAAUCAACAAUGUACAGUGGGCAUCAACUCAGCCGGACUGGAUAGCUAUCUGCUACAACAACUGUCUGGAGAUCUUGAGAGUGUAACAUUACUGGGCCAUGCCAAAGCAAGGCACGGCUGUAUAAUUUUCCCCCUUCUAACGUAAGAACAAACAAGAUUCAGUGGCCAGUAUCUUUUUGUUGCUUUGCAUCUACUGUUCCAAGAAACUGUUACAAGAAUUGAUGGCAGGUGUCUGCGGUCCCCAAAAGACUCAAAAAAUAAAUAAAUAAAAAAGCAGGGACGUGACAAGCCUCUUGGACCCUUCUGGGUUCUGGUUUUAAUAAUUUUUCAAUUUAAAGUUCUGUAUAUUUGUUUGUCGACUGUGUUAAUGAACAUUAUGGGCUUUAAAUGACUGCUUUAAGUUACUGCAUAUGUUUGUGUGUUUGUCAACCAGCUGAGGCAGCACAUCCAGCUAGUUUGAGAAAUGUAAGUGCAAAACUAGUUGGAAGAAAGACACUGAUAUUAGCCAACAUCCCUGCAGGAAUCUCUAAUUAUUCCUGCUAUUGCUGUCUCUAAACUGUUUAAACAUUUCUACGUUUGUUUUUUAUAUAUCUUGAGCUAAGUUUCUAUUGAGUGAGGUGAGGUGAGGUGAGGCUCUUCUCUCCAGUUAUUUUUGAUAUGUGAUCAACUUCCAUUUGCCCAAAGCAGGAUCUGUUCGUAGAGGUGAGUCAUGAGCAUCAUUGUUGAUUCCUUGGCAGUAAAGCCCUGCCAGUAUUAACUGUUGCCUUGGCUCCUUAUACCUGGCCAGAAUCACCUGGUGCUGUGAAAUACAAAUUUAUUGCACAACUGUCUUCUGAUUUCUCUGAUGCUAGAGGCAGUUGUUACUAUGGUAGGCCUUACAUUAAAAUGUUAACAGAAUUACUGUGGCUUUCCCACAGCUGUAUUGCCUAACUGAAUGGGGAUCAGCAUUUCAAAAAGAGAAGAUUCUUGUGUGACUACUUGUUUUGAGGUAAAUGAUUUCUGGAAAACGUGCAACUUUGAACAUGUCAAUCCAAAAUCCAUUACAGUGAAACAAUUUCCCCUAGAAAAUUUCCUGACUGAACCAAAAGAAAAAAUGGCUUCACACUUUCUUUCUACCUUGCUUGGUUGAAAACUAUAACCUAAGCAAAAAUUCUAUACUUAACCUUUUUAACUGGGAGUUUUUCUGCAUUUGGCCUGUUUUUCUGGAAGUUCUUGAACGUGAAGGAACAAGGAGCUAACUUUUUUUUUGCCCCUCAGUAUAUUUGCAUUGUCUGCCCAAAUCUUGUUGGAUGAAUGAGAAGUCAGAACAGCUGGUCUACUAUCAAAAUGGAAGCUGUCCCUAUAGCAGAAGUAGUUCCCUAAAGCAACAUACAAGGUGGAUCUAAAAUGAAAGAAGCUGUAUAUAGUCUCUCAAAUGGAUCCUGUGUUCUGGUUUUAGUUGCAUCUUUCAGGUAUUGCAACUUUUGUAAGUAGAACCCUUCAAUUUUGGAGGGUUUUUUUAAUAGUAGAAAGAAAAAAGGGGGCCUUGGCAGGUUGUUUUGUAACACUGCUUUCUGAUUUAAAGUUGCAAUGGUUAGAAAACUUAAUCUUAACGUGGAGAAUAAUGUGAAUGUUCUGUUCAGAUGAAUGAUCUGCAGUACCCUUCCAAAGAAAACGUGACAACAGAAUGCAAGACUUUGUAGUCACCUUUUUACUGUAACAAACCGGGCUCUUAAGUUAGUUGUCAGCAUCUGCUCAUUACCAUGAGUUAGUCCAAAAACCAAAUGCAGAAUUACCAGAUCACAGUUGAAUUUUAAUCUCACCAGUUUAAGAAGAGUUUGUUUUGGGGUACAUGCGUCUCUCUCCCUCCACCUCCUCCCCCCACCUUAGUCUUCUUUACAGUAUUUACAACCACUACAUUCUGUUUUAAAUGCUGUGUCCCUGUUGCACCAAGUCAGAAAUGGAAAACUGUUUAUAGUGAAAUGGACCAUACUGUCAAACACGGAGCAAAACAAAUAGGUGAGGCAAAAUCUUUAUCUUAAAAGUUACUGCAACACUGGGUAAACAUUUUUACAGGUGACCUUUUUAAAAAAAAUGCUGUAGUAAAAAAAGCACCAUCUUACUAAUUUGAUCAGCUUUCACUAUUAAUUAGAUAUUUUCCUCCUAUUAGCAAUAUUGAGCUAACACACUGCUGAGUUGUACUCUGUUCCACCUCUUGCACUGUCUGAUUCACUAUGUUCCAAAUGUUGACUCUUUGGGUGAGCAGAAAGAGUACGAUUGUCAGACCAAGUUGUUGGCAUGGUAGCUAGUAAGAUAACUUGAGACUUGCAUGUAGACUGAGCAGACUUGCUCUAAAAGUCAUUGAAAAUGCAAUAAAUGUGGAACUACACAACUGAAUUGUCACUUUUCAGAGAAGAACUGCACCUUAAAGUUAGAAAUUGCAUAUGCUAAGCCCCAAGGUAAAAGUUUUAUGCUUAUAGCAAUAUUAAUUGACUUACUGUGCACAUUGCUUAAGUGUAAAUAUACAUGUAACAAUAUUACAAGCAUUUGACACAGUUGGUGAUUGAGAGAAGCAUAACUCAUUUUCUGACUUGAUGCAGAUUUUAAAUAUAUAUACUUAUUGCUGCAAAUCAAGCUUUGCAUUUAACUUUGUAAAGGAUAGAACAGAAAAAAACUUGUGUAAUUUUAGGAUAUAUGUAGUCCCAUUUAGGCUUUGAUGUUUCAUUCUGUUGAGGUAAAUGGUAUGGGGUGAAAGCUGCUUUGUUAAAACCAUUCCUCACAGCCAAAUGCAGGGUGCAGCUGUGCAUCACUUGCAACUGCUGUCUUCAGAAGAAAGAAAUGAAUUGAUCUGUUUUUAGUUGAAGAUUCGUAUCUGCAGAAUACAUGAAAUGGCGGAUACCAUGAUUUUUAACAACUUUGUCUCCCUUACUCAAUUCAUUUUCCUUGUCCUUGACAAGUGUUUUGAUGACAACUUUAAUCUUCCCUACAGUUUAUCCCUACCCUGGACGGGGAUGGAAUUUGUGUAAUUUCCCUGCCCAAGAUCAACUUUAUUGGGUAGAUGCUUAGUAGAAUACACUAGUCAUCUCUUUUUGUGAAGAUGUAACAUGCCUGUUACUGUAGUAGCGAAGUGAUUUCUUCCUCCCAAAUCUUUUAUCCAGUUUAAUUGAACCUUAGUCAUGAAGGACAAAUUCUGUGAAAAAGUAUUUACCUGAUAAGUUUUUGUGUGUGCGUGCGUGUGCGCACGCAUCUGCAGAUUAAAAGUAAAAUAGAGCCCUUCGACUAUAUCGAGCGAGAGUUUUUUCCAACAAUGUAAACCCCACCAGGCUAAAUAUUUCAUCCCCAUUGAGAACUGAGAAUGUUAGAGCAAACAAACCAUGGUCUGAAUAAUGAGAACACUUCCACUGCUAGUAAAAACUGUUUGAUUAUGUGUACUUUGAAGGGAUCCAGCUUAGGAUCCCUCUUCCCACCACUUGCUUGUUAGUACUGGUUUGGAUUUCUCUAUAGAGAAGAGACUCCUGAUCCAAAUUCCAUUGAAGAUAAGGGAAGCACUCUUGACAACUUUAGUGGGUGUGUAAUAUGACCUGUAUUCUUGCUGCAAUUGCUUGUUUAUUGAUUGGACUAGCUUCUAGAUCUAUGGUUCAUUGCCUUAUUUGGGCCAUGUCCUACUGCUGUUCCCCAUGUCAGAUACCGUCCUUAGAAGUGAGAGAUACUAUUUAAAUUAAUUUUUUAAAUAGUCACUUGAGCAAUGUAAUGAGCAUUACCUGAAAACUAGGCAAACCUGUUUAGGUAAGGGCUCAUACAAAGGGCAUUUUAUUUAAGAAAGGUAAGAGUAUGAGAGGCUUCUUUGCAGUGCUAUUCUAGCAUGAAGCAGUGUGUUUCUCAGUGGUUCACGUUUGUUUCAAAUAUAAGACACACCUCUGAAAGCUGUAAAGUGCUGAGGAUUAUUGACCAAAAGAAACAGCUCAGCAUAUCCUGCCAACUGAAUAUUUCAGUUAGAGGUGAAAACACUGCAAACACUGCUUCAUUUAAAUAUUUCAGCCCAUCUUACACUUUCAUGUCUCUUUUUUUUUUUUCCUUCCAAGGCUUGUGAAAACCACUAGUAAGGUAACUGAUUUUGAUAGUGGUUCUGAGUGCUUUAGAGAUCAUACAGAGAAACUGCUUUCAAAGUAUUUGCCCCUGAAGGGACGGGAGGAGAACUCCUGGGAAAGAUCCUAACAUCAGUGAUGUUAUCACAAAAGUGGAUGGUGUAAUGUGACAUAAACAAGAUUUUGAGGCACUAACUUCACUAGUUUUGGAUCAUUUCUCCUACUGAUUAUUUCCAGGCAUUUGGAUGAACUUUCUGAGCCAAGCUAUUCUAGAUUCCAACUAUUAUUUGAGCAACUUGUUACUAGCAUGUUUUGGUUCCCAACCCAAAGAUAUGUCCUAUAUUUUAGCAAGAUGAAGUGGGCAGUGAUUUGAGAACCUAAAAGUUGGAUAAUAAAACAGUGCAUUAGUACAGUAACUUUUGUAUACUACUGAAUUAAACCAGGCUAUGAUAAGUCACUGCUACCAGAUUUGUCCUGCCACAUGCAGAGAUUUACUAGGUGAGAACUUAAGUGCUUUGACAAUCUCUAGUACUUUAGUGGUCACAAUGUAGGGGAUGAAAGGUGACUGACACUAUAAGAGGUCUUAAAAUAAGCCACUUAAAAGUGGAUGAUGAUCGUCAGCAAUCAUAAUAAAUCUACUGACAGGAUGAAUCUUUUCUGACCUGAGACUGAAACAGCCUCCUGUAUAGGAGGAGGCUUGUUUUUAAAAUGUAAGUUCAGGAAUCUGAGCAUGACUGUUAAGCUGCUCUAGAUGGCACUUUAGUAGGUAUAUUUUGGUAGGGUUAGGAAAGAAUGAACCUCUUUCUGCCCUAGUCUUUUAAGGCAGGAUUUUAUACCUCUGAAAUUUGUCUCGUUUAAAAUAAGUGUUCCUGACAUUGCAAGAUGGAAUUUGUGAGUAUAUAGUUAUGUAAUCCUUUUCAUGUCAGAACUACCUGCCCUGCUGAAGGAUAAAACUGUGAGCACUUGAAAAUAUUGUUAAGGCUACAAACUAGGAGGCUUUGUUCCAGAUACCAGCAGAGAACUCUCAGGCACUUAGACUGCUUGUCACCCAAAUAGAACUCCUUUCUGUUUCAUUUGAUCAUCUAUUAUUACCUAAUGUUUAAGGGCUAUGUAAUUAGGUGCCCUUUCAAAUUGUCUGUUGGCAGUGGCUGGGGAAAUGUCUCAGUAUGUGAUGUAAAUGAAUAAGCAGACCACAGACACCAGUUGUGAGGUAGAAAAAACAGAUGCAGCUAUCUGCACCUUCCCACGUAAUUCAAAAGUCCUUAACUUUAUCCCUGAAUUCCCUGGUGCUCUCUGACUGCUGUUCAUACUGAAAUGGAUAAAUGUACAGCAAGUUUCAGCUAACUGUACAAAUUCAGACAGCUGCAAAACUGUUACGUUUCCAUCAAAAACCUGGAAAGGGUUAAUCAUCCACUACCACCAAAGAAAAUGGUUGUUAUCACAAACCCAAGUGGAAUAUUAUCCAGUCAACAAACAGUUUGGAUGUUUGACUGCCUGCCUUUUCACUGCAAGGUCAAUGAUUCACAUUCUAGCCUAGGCUUUUAAUGUUGGUCUGUGCGAUGGCCUUUAGGAAAUGAAGCAUCUACAAUCUCAUUCUGAAUGGGCAGGAGUAAAACUGGCUCUAGAUAGGGGGUGGGAAAGAGAUAGGUCUUACUUAUUAGUUUCUUCAGAAGCUAACAAGUUUUUAUGAUAUAGCACUUCCUUGUGGAAAAAGGCUGAUUUAUGGGAAGAUGUAACUAAAUGUCAGUACCCAUAGAGAAGGCCCCUCUAAGUCAGAGACAUGUGACAUUGACAACUAUCAAAUGGAAUUUACAGUGCCCUUGCCUAUGCUAUCAGAGUUAAGUCUCAAGCUUUUGAUCAGCACCUUACAGCUAUUUUAGCACUGGUGAGAUAAAAAUGUGCUCCAGUCACCAGUUGUUUGUCUGGCGAUUCAAGGUAGAGUGUAGUUCUAAGAGAAACAUACAAUGAUGUCUUGACUUCUUCAAAGAACAUCCUUCAGUUUGCUGAGCAUCUCAAAUGACCUCUUGUGGUGGUCACAGAUAUCCAGCAUCAAUCUAAAUUUCUCACCUUGCCAGUGAGGAAAAAUGACUUGUUCAGGCCCUGAAGUGCUUGCUCCUCUUCAGAGGAACUAAUGAACUGCAGAGUUAAAUUCAUCUUUCUGGUAAUUGCAAGAUUCGGCAGUCAUGCUGCUCUAAGUCCUGGUUCCAUCUCUCAUUCAUCCACACAAGUCAGCAUCCCUUCAAAUUUGAUUUCCUGUCUUAUGAAAUGCUCGUGUCUCUUCUAGGCAAGAGACGUAAGUGAAGGAGCUGCCAAACAAAAGGGGAAAGGAUUCUGUCAUUCAGUUGUACAGCUGUGAAGCAAUGUGUGUUGCUUUUUUGACAACCUGGUGAAUAUUAAUUGUAUCUACUAUUUAAAUAAGAACCUUUUUAGUUUGGGUUGCUAGCAGUGUACAAUGUAAUAAUCUGUUGCGCCGAAGCUUUUUUUCUUUUUCUUUUUUCUUUUUUACUACCAAUAGUCAAGUAGAUAUUUACUUUUAUGUGUAUUCCCUUCUGCUGUUCCCAUUUAAGAUCUGUUGUAAUAACUUCCUGAAAGUGUGAUCUUUGUAGCAUGAUUGUACAAGCAUACAUAUGAAAUCCCAGAUUUCUUAUUCUCACUAAAAUGUUAAAGCAAUAGCAAUUUAAUGUCUGUCCUUCAUAGUGUAGGGUGUUAACAUGGUUUCUCCCCCUCCACCACCAUCCCUUCUGUAUUGUUUGAGAUUUUGCAACUUUGCUAUCAUACUCUGCUAGAGGAUUCUUAGCAUCCCAUUAUCCAACAGACACUGACAUGUUGCCAUGGGUAACUGCAGUGUCCGGGUAUUCCUUCAUUUUUUAAUGGAAAAAAAACAAUAUAUAAAAGGUUUUGUUAAAUGCAUUUUAACACCCAAGCCAUGGAACCGUUUUGUUAAAACUGUAAAUUUUUAGGUGACUUUUUGAAACCGCUUGAAAGUGGAAUGUUGCAUCCUUUAUGCUAUUUUCUGCUUCCUGUGUAGUUUUAUUCAAAUUUUUUAACCUUUCUUUCUAAGUUUCAGCCUCCUGUGUAUUAGGUACAGUAUUUUCUGCUUUUCAUACUUUGUAAUAAAAAUGAAACAUUUGUAGAUUGA